AUGGGUCGAUGGGGAUGGCGUCUGUUCGAAAGCGACCAGGACCUUGACGUGGUCAUCGACUUGACCGACAGCCUAGGUGUCAAUAUUGACCACUGGGAACAGAACCUAGCUGCAAUGGUUCAUCAAACCGACAUUCUGGCACCAGCAAAGUCAAUUGCCCUCUACAGUACCCCUGAAUAUGCCGAUUUGCUAGCCAAUGUCAUCGUCCCGUACGUCCGCCAGCAGCUCGACACUGACAACCUUGGAGAACGACUGUUCGCUGCCAGUCGCGCCAAGGAAGCAGACACGGGUGACCUCUCCCAAGACGCCAAGUACCGCACUAUCAUCCUAGGUGCUGUCGUGAUCCGAGCCGGUGCUCGCAUCAACGAAGCGGAUCUGCAGCAUCUACGUGACCUAGUGCCCGAAAUUAACUGCGACUCGCGCCAAACAAUUUUUGAGGACCAUGGCUUCAGAACUCCAGGAAAAGUUCAGUUCCUUGCUGCCCUGGAUCACUACCAGCCCGGUAUUGCACGCAGCUUCCAGGAGCCUAGGUGGAUUCCCUUUGGAAGACGGUGA